AUGUCUCCCCGCCGCUCCUCCGCCGGCGGCGAGCUGCCCGUCGCCGACAGAGACCAAACCCGGCUGCAGCAGCUGGGAUACAAGCAGGAGCUCAAGCGCGGCCUCUCCGUCCUCUCCAACUUCGCCUUCUCCUUCUCCAUGAUCUCCGUGCUGGCGGGCGUGACGACGACCUACAACACCGGGCUGCGCUACGGCGGGCCGGCGUCCAUGACGCUGGGCUGGCUCGUCGUGGCGCUCUUCAACGGCUGCGUCGCCCUGUCCAUGGCGGAGAUCUGCUCGGCGUACCCGACCACCGGCGGCCUCUACUACUGGAGCGCCAAGCUCGCCGGCAAGGACUGGGCUCCCCUUGCCUCCUGGGUCACCGGAUGGUUUAACAUCGUGGGCCAGUGGGCUUGCACCACGAGCGUGGACUUCUCAUUGGCACAGUUUAUCCAAGUCAUCGUCUUGCUUAGCACCGGGGGAGCCAAUGGCGGUGGUUAUCUGGCCUCCAAAUACGUCGUGCUUGCCAUCUACUUUGUCAUCCUCAUCCUGCACGGGCUUAUCAACAGCCUCUCCAUCAAUUGGCUGGCCUUUUUCGGCCAACUUGGAGCUUUCUGGAAUCUUGCAGGUGUAUUUGUCUUGACGGUAUUGGUUCCGGUUGUUGCUAAGGAGAGGGCAAGCAUGGAGUUUAUGUUUACCCACUGCUACACUGACGAUACCGUGGGGAUCCACAGCAAGGUCUACAUACUAGGCAUCGGCUUGCUAACAAGCCAAUAUUCCCUCCUCGGAUACGACAUUUCUGCCCACAUGUCAGAGGAGACGAAGAAUGCAGAGUGGAGUGGCCCAAUGGGGAUCGUGGUUUCAGUCGCGCUAUCGAGCGCCUUCGGAUGGAUUUACCUGGUGGCCCUGACAUCGAUGGUGACCGACAUCCCGUCCCUCCUGGACCCAACCAACGACGCCGGCGGGAACGCCAUCGCGCAAGCCCUGUACACCACCUUCCGCCAGAGCAACUCCAGGAUGGGGUACGCCUUCUCCAGGGACGGCGCGAUGCCGCUAUCGCGGGUGUGGUACCGUGUGAACAAGCAGGAGGUGCCCUUCAACGUCGUCUGGCUCUCUGUCUCGGUGGCAUUCGUCAUGGCACUCACGUCGCUGGGGAGCCAGGUGGCGUUCCAGGCAAUGGUGUCCAUCGCGACGCUGGGCAUGUACAUCGCCUACGCCCUGCCCAUCUUCUUCCGGGUGACGACGGCGCGGAACUCGUUCGUCCCGGGGCCGUUUCAUCUCGGACGCUACAGCCUUGUCGUCGGCUGGGUCGCCGUCCUCUGGGUGGCCCUUGUCACCGCGCUGUUCUGCUUGCCGGUGGCGUACCCUGUCGCCGGGGUGAACUUCAACUACACGCCGGUGGCCGUCGGCGGCGUACUGCUUCUCAGCCUUGGUGCGUGGGUGCUCCAUGCCCGGUUUUGGUUUCGAGGGCCUGUUACCACCAUUGACGCGUGA